AUAAGCAACGAAAUUGUUCUUAUAUAGGUUUACACGUUUUCCUGACGUUUCUUUAUGAUCAGCUGACUCUUAUUGUCACGUUAACUCUGGGUGUCGUUAUAAUAAAGGUUUGUGUACAGAAUAUUUUAGAGGCUUUCUCUUCCAUUUGGAAUUGGAUUCAUGAUCUCCAGUACCGUAAAUUAACCCCCCUCUGAAAUAAACCCCCAAUCUCCUGCUCGAAUCUAUGUAGACUGAUAACUACCACUCCACCCUUCAAAAUUUCCUAUAAAGUGCCUUUUGCCUAAAGUGCAUUGUACCUUUUGCUGUUUUUCCAACAAAUUUGAUUUCCUUUAUUUAGAGAUUUCGUUUCGUUCAGGGUUUUUCAUGGCUUUUUCAAUCUUCAUUGAAUUUUGAAACUCGGUGUUCUCAACAAAAGUUUCAGUGCAGUAAAAAUAUGACGUGGGCAGGGGCUAAUUUCCAUGAAUUGGCCAACAUGUUAGAGGGGCUAUUCGCCUAUUCCUCCCCCCCCCCCUGGGAACACUUUAGGGACCGCGUUUCUGUAGCGUAUCAUAACUUAUACAUCUGCUAGCUGUCGCCUGUGCUGUUUAUGUGCGUGUGAUUACAAUGCAAUUAACCUUCUUAUCAAUGCUAAAUACUAGUCAGUAGGAAAUGGGAAUAAAAAGCCGAUUUUGAAUGAACAUAAUUUAAAUAUUUUGCAAAUUGAAAAAGCCAUUAUUCACAUUAUUUUGACGAAGGUUUGAAAACCUGAAAUUUUAUCCGGAGGAAGAGGACACUUUUUGCAACUGUGGAUCAUGAUCUGCUUCCCAUUUUGAGCUGUUCUAAAGGCAUGUUAAAGCUAAAAUCGUGCAGAUUCCUGGCAUUCACCCCUGGAUCCCCCGGGCUCCACCACCCUCCCCAGUUCCCCUGCUGUUUAGGUAAACUUAAUCUUUCCUACAAAAACGGACCUGGCAGAAAAUCCUGAAAAAUCCCCUGUUCAUCUUGCAGUUUGUCGUAGCCUCUUCAGUUCUCCGCUUGCUGAUGGUUGAAACAAAGAACGUGAGGUUUAUAAUAGCUGCAGGCCUUGCCCAAGUCAGUGAGUUCUCCUUUGUUGUUGGAAGUCGAGCUCGACGCCUCGGAUUAAUAACCAGAGAGGUAUGUCCAUAUGUAGCCUUUUUGGACCAGGAACUGGUCCCCAAUCCCUACUAAUCUUGUUGUUAUUGCUAGACAGAUUUAGAUCGAGUCUUCGAUCUAAAUCUGUCUGUUGUUGUUGUUGUUAGGGGGCGACGCUCUUCGAAAAAAGCCUAAAGCCGGUUUUCCACUUCGCCCGUAUCAUAGAAUAAAGAUCCAUAUAGAAGGGCCACUUACGUCGGAAGCUUUGAAGUUUCUGUCCUCGCGCAUGUCGCAUUACGCAUGUUGGCCGCCAUUUUCCUAGCCAGUCAAUGACAUUUUCUGGCCAAUAAACACGCUGUACUGGCUGGCUGCUCCGCCUUCUGGCCAGUAAACUGCAUAUUUUUGCAUAAAAAAACGAGGACACGUUGCACCCCUGAGUGGCCCUUCUAUAUGGAUCUUUAUUCUAUGCCCGUAUCGUAACGAACCGUACUGGUGAACAUGCGCAGAUUGAAAAGAGGUUUAUAAAUCCACGUACUUCCGGGUGUAUUCGCGUAUCAAAAUAAAAAGUUCGUCGCAAGUCAACUUUUUGGCGUACUACGGAAGUACUAACCAAUCAACAUUUACGAAAUUUUGAAAUUUAAAAACGUUUUUGAUACGUUUCGGUACGAUACGGUACGCUUGAAGUGGAAAACCGGCUGAAGGCUCCUUCAUUUUGAGUCCGAUCGUCAUGAAAUUUGACACGAUGAUUCCAAACGAUAUUCCUCAUCGACUGACGGUGUUCGAUUUUUUAUUUUCGAUUUAGGGGCAACGUACAAGCAAUUAUUGUCUGUAGGCGUGGAAUAAUUAUAUACAUAUCAUCAAUAUUCACAACAAACCCCAACCAUAACAAAGACAAUUGUUAAUUAUAAUUAUUAACAAUUUAAUCAAAAUUGAAUGGUUAGUCGCUGGUCCAUGACUGUCUUUGUUAUGGUUGGGGUUGUCUGUUAAUGACGUGGUAUUAGUAAGCUGAAAACCUCAAUUGCCCACCAAGAAUUAAUUCUUCACAGUUCACACACAAAUUGAACAAAUAUUUAAAAGCAUUAAUUGUUUGCUCAUAAUACUACACAGAAAAAUGCGCUAAUUGCAUCAAAGUGCACGUAAUUUGCACGUACACAAAUUUGCUUUAUAUUUGCACAUAAAGCAAAACAUUUAAGCAAACGCUGCCAAUAUAAAGCGACUCCACUUCGAGAACCAUCAUUUAAUUGUCUAGUUUUUCGUUCGACCAUUUAGAUCAUUUUGACAUAUUUAAUAAAAUGCCUCGCCGAACCAACAUGUAGUGCAAACAAUGCAAACGUUUGAGCUGUAAAACGAUCGAUCAACGUGGUGAUCAACGAACUGAUAACUUGCACGACAUACCAACUCGGCCAGUUCCUAUUCCAGUAGUACGAUCGUACUUCUUUAACUACUUCACUGCCCCUGUGUGAGCAAUUCCCCAAAGUAAGGUGCAUUCAAGUGAGGUGCAUUCUCGAUCCCAGAGCCAUUUUCACUCGGUCACUCGUUGAAAGUUAUAGGCUCUGGGUUAGACGACUAAAGGGAGACAUCUGCUAUUUCCCAGAAGUUGAGCACUUUCGCUAGGCAAAAUUAUUCUAUCAAAACAUGUCAACACAAAUACUUCGUUCUUCGUAAUACUUCUCUGUGAAAAUUGUUACGGGUGCUAAAGCAUCCCAAUUCAAGAGUAUGCGCUUUAGAAACUACUGCAAGUUUCAAAAAACUGCAAGUUUUCUUGCACUUCCGACUCCGUGUAUCCCAGGGUCUAUGAAGGUCGCGCGCGGCCAAGAGGAUGAGUGAGGUGCAAAACGAUCUCCAGGGAGGUGGGCACCUCCUCUCAAAAUCCGGCCAUGAAAUGGAAUUUUGGAAACCCGAUUUUAUUUUUAAAACUAUAUGGAUGAACACAGUGAACUUCUGUCCCCGGCUGAACUUAAUUAUUGUCUUUUCUUUCAGAUUUAUUUGAUCAUCCUAAGUGUAACGUCACUUAGCCUAUUUAUCGCGCCAUUAUUGUGGAAAGUCGCACUAUGGAGAUAUGCUGGAAGACGUAUUCAUGCGCCUUAUAUACUGGUCAAGAUCAUUUCAAUUCUGUUCAAUAAACUGGUACAGCUUUUUCCAAUGUAGAUUAUUUGUACAAUGUUUCUGCUUGUACAAUGUACAAUGUACAAUGUGCAAUGUACAGGGGAUAGUCGUACGAAAGCCGCGGAUAUUCACCAGCUAUUAUUCUGCGAACUCGAGUCUAUGCAUGAGCUGACAUAAUUUUCUGAUUUCUGUUCAUGUUUUUAUCUGUUGUUUUCAAAAAUAUCGUUUUUAACCAGUUUAAAUAUAGAAAAUUUAUUUGCCAACCUCUGAACAAUUGCUGGGCGUUUUUUCAGUGUGUUAUUAUUCCUGCUAAGGCUAUAAAAGCGAAUAACUUGCUGUUUCCUCGUUCGCAAACUAGGAUUGCGAGAAGAGAGCCAACCAGAUCGCAGAAUAGCUUAUAUCCGGUAGCUGUCUACAUAAUAAAGCGCAAUUAGCCUUUUUAGAACAGGGAUAGCAAGCAGUGAAAAUGAAACUUUCUGUAACUAUAGUUGCAAGUAUAAUCAUUAUAAAUCGAUUCACAGUUAAAUAUUUGAAAAAUUAUUUUCACAUCGCUUAGAUCUUUCACGUUGUUUAUAAAAUAGUACCCAAAAAUGGCGGAUUUAGACGGCCGAUUUUUCCGCCAUUUUGGGGGUACUGCCUACAACUUUUUAUUAUUAGAGUUGUUUGUAUAUAAUGGUAAAUUUACAGUUUCAACUUUUAAAAGUCGC